AUGUCCAAUCCCACUCCCGCCGGCGACCAAGCCAAGGUCCGCAUACAGCUCACCACCAGGCACGCAGAUCUCGGCCUACCGCAAGAUACCGGGCCUCUACUUGUUUCUACCAGCCUCCGCCGAAUACAGCUCUCCAGCCUUGUGAACAAUAUACUCUCCACUCCACGGCCUGUGCCGUUCGAGUUCCUCAUCAGCGGCCAGUUCUUGCGUACGAGCAUAGACGACUUCCUCACCAGGAAUGGCAUAUCCGCGGAAACCACGCUUACAGUGGAAUACGUGCGCGCUCUCAUACCGCCAACAUACGUAGCAUCCUUCGAGCACGAUGACUGGGUCAGUUCAGUAGACGUCUUGAGUGCUUCUUCACCGGCGGCAGGAUGGGCAGGCGCAGAUAUAGCUGCGGGUCAGGAGAAAAUAUUGUCAGGGAGCUUCGACGGCUACCUGCGCAUAUGGGAUACCUCAGGACAACUAGUAGCCACCUCGAGUCCUACGUCUCAUGGCCAGCAUCCUAUUCAAUCCACCAAAUUCCUAUCACCUACAAAGCUCGUAUCCGCAGGCGACGACUGCUGCGUGCGAAUAUGGAACCACAGCAACCCCACUAACACGGACAACCCCUCCGCCACCGCCUCCAUAACCCCCUCUCUCGAGCUCUACGGCCACCACGGCGCCAUAAAUGCCAUAUCCGUGCACGCGCCGACCUCCCGCAUCCUGUCCGCCUCCAGCGACCACACCCUCGGCCUCUGGAGCACUCAAAAAUCCUCCGCGCCCGCCGCACCCUCGGAUCUCUUCCCCGAAAACUCACCCUCCCUGACCUCCUCCAACAAACGUCGCAAGAUCUCCCAACCGACCCCUCCCCCACCCCGGCGCGGCCCCCUCUCCCUGCUCACGGGGCACGCGCAACAAGUCUCCUCCGCCGUCUUCGCCCCCAACGACGCCAGCGUCGCCUACUCCGCCUCCUGGGACCACAGCCUCAAGACCUGGGAUCUACCGACUGUCACCUGCGUCGACACACGCACGACCGCGCACCCGCUCUACAGCCUCCUCGCGCUCUCCGGCAUCACCCUCCUGGCCGCCGGCACCUCCGCGCGGCACAUCACGCUCAUCGACCCGCGCACCAGCGCGCGCAGCAUCGCGGCCCUGACGCUGCGGGGCCACUCCAACGCGGUUGUGGCGCUGGCGCAGGAGCCGGGGAGCUGGUACGGGCUGGUGAGUGGCAGCUAUGAUGGGAGUUGUCGGGUGUGGGAUGUGAGGUCCGUGAGGCCUGGAGGCGCGGACAUCGGGGGAGGUCAGGUCGGGGAGAGUGUUUAUCGGAUUGGGAGGGAGAGUUUGGGGGGGAAGAGGGAGCCGAGCGGGGGCGAGGGGGUUAGGGUGUUUGGGGUUUGUUGGGAUAAACAACUCGGGAUAUUGAGCGCGGGGGAGGAUAAGAGGGUGCAGGUUAAUAAGGGGAGCUAG